ACUCCCAUUUCCCCCCCAAAACUGUUCAAAGUCAAGACUCAUGCAAUGUGAACAAACUACUACCUAGUCUCUCUGUCAUCAACUCAUAAAGUUAAACCCAUUAAUUAUGCACUCCUUUUUUGAAAAUUGCUUCCCCUUUUAAUCACUUUUUUUCUCUAUCUAAAUUUAUCCACACAAACUAACAAAAUCCAACACCAUUAAAUUAACUAAGUCCCAAAACAAACUUCAAAUUAGGUACUUGUCUAAUCAGCCCAUAAUCAAAGUUUGAUUUUUUAACAUAAAAACUCAAAAGGGUGUCUUUUUUGAACCAAAUUAAGAGAUGAGUUUCUUCCAUCUUCUCCUUUCUAUGUUUCUCUUGAUUUCACUUUUAACUCUACAAACUGUUUGUGGAAAUGCUGAGCUGAGGGCUUUGAUGGACUUGAAAUUCUCUCUUGAUCCAGAGGGAAAGAUUCUUACUUCAUGGAUCAGUGAUGGUAAUCCAUGUAGUGGUUCAUUUGAAGGGAUUGCUUGUAAUGAUCAUUGGAAAGUGGCUAAUAUUUCUUUGCAGGGAAAGGGUCUUUCUGGUUCAUUAUCUCCGGUUGUUGCUGAACUGAAGUGCCUUUCAGGGUUAUACUUGCAUUACAAUAAUCUUUCUGGUGAGAUACCAUCACAGAUUUCGAAUCUCACUGAGCUUGUUGAUCUUUAUCUUGAUGUUAAUAGUCUAUCUGGAACUAUUCCUCCUGAGUUUGGCAACAUGGCUAGUCUCCAAGUACUCCAGUUGGGAGAUAAUCAAUUGGUUGGGAAUAUACCGACACAGAUUGGUUUGUUGAAGCAACUUACUACUCUUGCUUUGCAACAUAACAAGUUAAAUGGUCAAAUUCCCCUUAGCUUGGGGAACCUGGAGAAACUACGCAGGCUAAAUUUGAGCUUCAACAACUUCAGUGGUACUAUUCCAGCAACACUAGCCAAUGCUGCUCAUUUGGAAGUAUUGGAUAUUCAAAACAAUUUUCUAUCAGGAAUUGUUCCUUCUGCAUUGAAGCGACUUGGGGAGGGAUUCCAAGGGGCAAACAACCAAGGUUUAUGCGGAGUUGGGCUUUCUACUUUGAGAGCUUGCAACCAGUAUCCAGAUUUAAAUGUCAGCAACAUUGAUACCUCGGAUCAAGACCACUUCAAAAAUAAUAACCUCGCCACGCCUCGCCCGGAGCCUGCAAAUAUCCCAGUGCAUUGUAACCAGACACAUUGCUCAAAAUCAAGGUUUCCUCAAAGUGUCAUCACAACAGCAAGUGCUAUAAUCAUCACUCUUGUAUUCAUAGGAGCUGGAUUGUUUACAUUCGUCAAAUACCGCCGUCGAAAGCAGAAGAUUUCUUCGAACUAUUCUGAAGGGAAACUUAGUCCUCAGCAGCCUAAAGAUUUUUACAGAAAAAGCCCAUCUACCCUUGUUAAUCUUGACUAUUAUAAUGGAUGUUAUCCUUUGCCCGAUGAUCAAAAAGCUGGUGGAUUAGCCAAUGAAUAUCUAAAUAAAUUCAGAUUUAAUGUAGAUGAAGUCGAGUCUGCAACGCAAUAUCUUUCGGAGGCGAAUUUAUUGUGUAAGAGCAAAUUCUCAGCAAUGUAUAAAGGAGUUCUCAGGGAUGGUUCUUUCGUAGCUAUUAGAAGCAUUAACAUGACAUGUUGCAAAGCCGAGGAAGCCGAAUUUGCAAAGGGAUUGAGCUUAUUAACCUCACUUAGACAUGAAAACGUUGUCAAGCUGAGAGGUUUCUGUUGCUCAAGUAGUAGAGGUGAAUGUUACCUUAUUUAUGACUUUGCCACAAUGGGCGACCUGUCCCAAUAUCUUGACAUGGAAGAUAGAAGUGGCCAUUUGCUUGAUUGGUCCAAGAGGGUUUCUAUCAUCAAGGGCAUUGCAAAGGGUAUUGGAUAUCUGCACAGCAAUGAAGCAAGCAAACCUACAAUAGUACACCAGAAUAUCUCAGUAGAGAAUGUUCUCCUUGACAAAGAGUUUAAUCCAUUGAUCAUGGAUGCUGGACUUCCCAAACUUCUCGCGGAAGACGUUGUUUUCUCAGCUCUAAAAGUAAGUGCUGCCAUGGGAUACCUAGCUCCGGAAUACAUUACUACCGGUCGCUUUACUGAGAAGAGUGACAUAUACGCAUUUGGGGUUAUUGUACUCCAAGUUUUGUCUGGCAAGACAGCGAUAGGUGGUUCGAUACGGACGGCGUUUGAGUCUCUCAGAUUUGAUGAUUGCAUUGACACAAAUCUUAAUGGAAGAUAUUCUAGUUCUGAAGCAAUGAUGCUGACAAAGCUUGGAGUACAGUGUGUCCAUGAAAGCCCUGAUGAAAGACCAAACAUGGUGAAUGUGAUUCAGGAGCUAAGUGUGUUUCCGGCUCAUUCAAAAUGAUCUACUAAUUCCUAAUUGCUGGGUUUCAUCCAUGGCUGUCAUUUAUUUUCAUGAGCAUGCAAUAAAGCUAUCUAAGUUAAUCAUUGACAAAUAAUUGUAAAUUGCACUACAAGUCUUCUAGUCAGACAUAUAAAAACUUUUACAACUUAUACAUGUUUAUUUUGAAUUUGGAUUUGUAUAAUUUCUGUUGUUGAAUUGAUUAUGUAGUUCUUUUAGAGAGGAGAGACGCAAAUUUUAUCAGGCAA